CACAGUGCUCUCAGGAACACGGACUGCUUUACUAGUCCUCUGGAACACGGACUGCUUUACUAGUCCUCAGGAACACUGACUGCUUUACUAGUCCUCAGGAACACUGACUGCUUUACUAGUUCUCAGGAACACUGACUGCUUUACUAGUCCUCAGGAACACGGACUGCUUUACUAGUUCUCAGGAACACUGACUGCUUUACUAGUCCUCAGGAACACGGACUGCUUUACUAGUCCUCAGGAACACUGACUGCUUUACUAGUCCUCAGGAACACUGACUGCUUUACUAGUUCUCAGGAACACGGACUGCUUUACUAGUCCUCAGGAACACGGACUGCUUUACUAGUUCUCAGGAACACGGACUGCUUUACUAGUCCUCAGGAACACUGACUGCUUUACUAGUCCUCAGGAACACUGACUGCUUUACUAGUCCUCAGGAACACGGACUGCUUUACUAGUCCUCAGGAACACUGACUGCUUUACUAGUCCUCAGGAACACUGACUGCUUUACUAGUUCUCAGGAACACUGACUGCUUUACUAGUUCUCAGGAACACUGACUGCUUUACUAGUUCUCAGGAACACUGACUGCUUUACUAGUUCUCAGGAACACUGACUGCUUUACUAGUUCUCAGGAACACGGACUGCUUUACUAGUUCUCAGGAACACGGACUGCUUUACUAGUCCUCAGGAACACUGACUGCUUUACUAGUCCUCAGGAACACUGACUGCUUUACUAGUUCUCUGGAACACUGACUGCUUUACUAGUUCUCAGGAACACGGACUGCUUUACUAGUUCUCAGGAACACGGACUGCUUUACUAGUUCUCAGGAACACUGACUGCUUUACUAGUUCUCAGGAACACUGACUGCUUUACUAGUUCUCAGGAACACUGACUGCUUUACUAGUCCUCAGGAACACGGACUGCUUUACUAGUUCUCUGGUGGUCACAAUGGUUAAGCUUAAAGUGAAGAUGAGUGCCGAGGCGGCAGACAGGGAGGCAGUAAGUGGCAGUCGACCCACUACACCACCACAGACCUCCUGGUUCGAGUUUCUGCUUGAUCCAUCCUUACUUGAGCAGCACUUUAAAAAAAACUGUCCAGACCCUCCUCCUGUUCAGCUGGUUAUUCAGUUCCUGGAGCAAGCCUCCAAGCCUUCUGUGAACGAGCAGAACCAAGUCCAACCCCCUGCAGACAACCGGCGCAAUCGCACGCUCAAACUCCUCGCUCUCAAAGUGGCAGCACAUCUUCGGUGGGACCUGGAUGUGCUCGAGAAAAGCUUGACCAUUCCUGUGCUGAACAUGUUACUGAAUGAGCUGCUGUGUGCCAGUAAAGUCCCUCCUGGUGUCAAACAUGUAGACUUGGAUCUGUCCACACUACCUCCCACUACUGCUAUGGCAGUUCUAAUAUACAACCGCUGGGCCAUGCGUACAAUAGUGCUGAGCAGUUUUCCUGAGAAGCAGGCAAAGCCAGGACCCCACCAGCUAAACAUGAUGAGUCUGGUUCAGCAAGAGAAGGAACUGACUGAGAACAUACUGAGUGUGCUGAAGGAGCAGGCCGCAGACUCCAUAAGAGUGCUGGAGGGAGCUCUGAACAUUAAGAAGGAUUUUUAUGUCCACACUUUGCGGACUCUGGACUUGUUGGCUGCUGAUGCUAGCACAACCAACGGAGAGACGGAAUCAUCCACGGCUGGCCUUAGGAUUAGUGCUGAUGAGCUCCACUGUCAGGUGCAUUAUGAUUUAGGAGGAAUUUACUUCCAGCAAGGCUGUUCUGACCCUUCAGCCUACGUGAAGGCUCAGGAGCACUUCCGCAAAACGAGGGAAUUGUUGGCAAAGCUAAACCCAGAUCCGCUGCACUGUCAUCUAGAUGAGAGGCGGCUGGCCGGCUACUGGAUGGCAUGUAGAACGGUGACUGGCUCUUCAGACUCCUGCGACAGCCAACUCACCCCUUAUUGUCUCAUCAACAACUUAAUUAAGACUCACAACUAUCAGGCAUUGAUAGAAGCUUUCAUCAAAGACAACAUAACACACAACCUGCCCAACAGCUUUAGACACUCCAUUCAGCUGGAGCUGCUGCACAAGGUUCAACAAGGGGACACGACGCUGGAGGAGGUGGGCUAUAAGCUGUGUGUGUGUAAUGCUGUACGUGACGCUCUGGAAGGUCAAGUGCUCAGUGUCCGCUUCCACCAGCUGUUGCUCAAACCCAGCAAACGCACCAUCAGCUUCCUCCUGGAGGUAUGUACGAGGUCACUGGAUAAGGAGCAUACCUCGGAGAUAUCCAAAAGGAAAAUGGCUCUUUUUCUUAAGAAUCUUUGUGAGAGGUUAGAGGAGGUUCCUCUGGCCUACAUGGUUUCGUCCCAUAAGCUCUUCAUGGAGCUGCUUUCAGAUGAGGAAAAGAAAACCCUGCUGGAUCAGAUGAGGAGACGAUCUGCUACAGUCAACCUCAGCGCCAAGCCGCUGCCCUCUUUCUAUGACAUCCCAGCCUCUGCUAGUGUGAAUAUUGGUCAGCUGGAGCAGCAGCUCAUUCUCUCACUGGAUGCACGUCAGAUCAGACAGAUCCUCAUCGAGCUCCAUGGCAUGGCCGAACGCUCCUUCUGGAGAGUAAAUGGCAAGUGGGAAGUUCCUACAGACUACAUAAAUGUCAUCCUCGCCAUUAAGGAUAACCUCACACGGGACCUCCUGUACAUUCUUAUGGCCAAAGGACUUCACUGUGUCAAUAUAAAGGACUUUGUUCAUGCUCGGCAGCUCUUCUCAGCUUGCCUGGAGCUGGUGACUGAAUUCUCACCUAAGCUGCGGCAGGUCAUGUUGAACGAGAUGCUGCUGCUAGAGGUGCGAGCACACGAGGCCGAGGGCGGGAUGGAAAGACCCCCUCCAGACCUGGUGAGCAGGGUCCGAGGCUACCUCGAGAUGAGAAUCCACGAUAUUCCGCUCAGACAGGUCAUCGGGGAAGAGUGUGUGGCAUUCAUGUUAAACUGGAGAGAGAAUGAAUAUCUCACGUUACAGGUGCCUCAGUCGUUGGUGAACAGCAACCCAUACAUUAGGCUGGGGCAGCUUCUAGCCUCUACCUGUAAAGAGCUCCCAGGUCCUAAAGAGAGUCGGCGGACUGCUAAAGAACUGUGGGAGGUGGUUGUGCAAAUCUGCAGCGUGUCCAGUCAGCACAAACGGACCAGCGACGGACGAGUCAGCCUCAUCAAACAGAGAGAUUCCUCACUCGGCAUACUGACCAGGAGUAAAUUCAUCACAUUUGUCAAAAAACUGCGGGAGCCUUUGGUCCUGACCACACUCAUCUCUUUAUUUGUGAGACUGCACAGUAUUGUAAGGGAUGACCUUGUGAAUGAAGUGACUGCAGAACACCUGUCCAUAUGGCCUUCCUCCCUGGCAAAUAUACAGUCUGUUGAUGUGGAGGCUGUAGCAGUAACCGUGAAGGAGCUUGUAACCUACGCUCUCAUCCUCAACCCCAACAACCAGGCCUGGCUCAUCACCCAAGCCGACAUAUACUUUGUGACGAACCAGUACUCUGCUGCCAUGCACUACUACCUACAGGCGGGUAUGGUGUGCUCGGAUUUCUUCACCAAACCCGUCCCUCCCGACGUCUACACUGACCAGGUUCUGAAGAGAAUGAUCAAGUGUUGUUCCUUGCUAAACUGUCAUACUCAGGUCGCGGUUCUCUGCCAGUUUCUGAGGGAAGUCGACUAUAUGACUGCAUUCAAAGCUCUCCAGGAACAAAACAGCCACGAUUCCAUGGAUUCAUUUUACGAUUACAUCUGGGACGUGACCAUCCUGGAGUAUUUGACCCAUAUUCAUCACAAACGGGGUGAGACUGAAAGAAGACAAGUUGCUAUCAAAGCUAUCGGACAGACGGAGCUCAACUCCAGCAACCCGGAGGAGGUUUUGCAGCUCGCUGCUCAGAAGAGAAAGAAGAAAUUCCUUCAGGCCAUGGCAAAACUUUACUUUUAAAGUAAAUUCACAGAGAAAAAAAAACAACAACAACCAAAAACAAUUAUGUACAUUAUUUUUUUGAAACAACAAAAAUAAAUACAUUCAUUUA